AUGUUUUUCGAGCACUCCUCUUCGGCGACCGUGCCUAUUUCAAAAUGCCAGCGGCAUCGGCGCCGGUCUACGGCAGAAACGGUCAAAAGGCUCUUUAGGGAGCUGGUGGGCAGUAACCCGCCACAGAGGAACUGGAAGGGAAUACUGAUCGCUCUGCUGGUCAUCCUGGUCAUCUGCUCACUGAUCGUCACUUCUGUUAUACUUUUGACACCAGGGGAGGCCGACAGCCUGGCGUUGAAGGGCAAACUGACGGUGGAAGAUGUCUUUGGCAAGAACUUCAGAGUUCACGAUCCCAACGCUAAAUGGAUCAGCGGUACGGAGCUCCUGUAUCGCACUCGUGAAGGUGAUGUGGUAAAGUUCAACAUAGAGUCGAAUGAAAGUACAGUGUUGGUGCCCAACAGGAAGUUUGAAAUGUAUAAGGCCAGUGACUACGAGCUUUCUCCAGACAUGAAGCAUGUGCUGCUUGCUUACAACGUGCAGCCAAUUUAUCAGUACUCAUUUACUGCAUACUACAUUAUUUGUAGUUUGGAGUCCCCAGAAACGUGGAUACUGAAUCCUCCAGAAGUCAGAAAUGCUCCUCUUCAGUAUGCAGGAUGGGGACCACGUGGCCAGCAGCUGAUUUUCAUUUUUGAGAAUAACAUCUACUACCGGGCCACUGUCGAGAGCCGGAUCAUCCGCUUGGUUUCAACUGGGAAGGAAGGUGUGAUAUUCAAUGGUCUCAGUGAUUGGCUAUAUGAAGAGGAGGUGUUUCAGUCCCACGUGGCACACUGGUGGUCUCCUGAUGGGGCUCGCCUCGCGUACGCCACCAUCAACAACACGCUGGUGCCUAAGAUGGAGUUGCCCAUGUUCACUGGGUCUCCAUACCCAACAGGACGAGAGUACCACUACCCCAAGGCAGGAGAGGAGAACCCAGUGAUCUCGCUGUAUGUGGUGAACCUAAAUGGCCCUCUGCAUACCAUCCAGAUGAGGAGACCAGAUGACCACAGGAUUGGAGAAUAUUAUAUUACCAUGGUGAAGUGGGCUACAAGCACAAAGCUGGCAGUGAACUGGUUGAACCGAGCACAGAACAUUUCCAUCCUGACUCUGUGUGAAGCCACUACAGGAGUCUGUACCAAGAAACAUGAAGACGAGAGUGAGAGCUGGCUUCACAGACAGAAUGAAGCGCCGUUAUUCUCUAAAGACGGGCUAAAGCUCUUCUUCACGCGUGCUAUUCCUCAGGGAGGACGAGGGAAAUUUUUUCACAUCUCUAUGGCUGUAUCACAGCCCAACAGUAGCUCAGACACUCUGCAAACCAUCACAUCAGGAGACUGGGACGUCACUCACAUUCUUGCCUACAAUGAGGACAGGCAGCUAAUAUACUUCCUGAGCACAGAGGAUAAUCCUAAACGACGCCACCUGUACAGCGCUGACACGGUCGGACCUUUCAACCGCCGCUGUCUCUCCUGUGACUUCACUGAUAGCUGCGGUUAUGUGAGCGGCUCCUUCAGCCACACCAUGGACUUUUUCCUGCUCACCUGUAAAGGGCCUGGAGUCCCGUUUGUGUCCGUCUACAGCACCCAAGACCGACAGAAGCUGUUGGACAUUGAGCUGAACCACAACCUCCAGCAGGCCGUGGACUCCAUGCAGAUGCCUAAAGUAGAAUAUCGAGAGAUAGAUGUUGAGGAUUACGUUUUGACAAUGCAGAUCCUGAAACCUGCCAGCUUUGUGGAUACAGCACACUACCCUCUACUGCUGCUUGUGGAUGGCACUCCAGGAAGUCAGUCCGUGUCUGAGCAGUUUCAGAUGGACUGGGCCAGCGUGCUGGUCAGCAGCUUUGGUGUGAUUGUAAUGCGGUGUGAUGGGCGUGGCAGUGGGUUUCAGGGCACAAACCUUCUCUACACCGUGCAUCGCAGACUGGGCAGACUCGAGGAGGAGGACCAGCUAAAAGUUCUUAGCAUUAUAGCAAAGGAACCGUUUAUUGACACAACCAGGGUUGGAGCCUUCGGACAGGUGUAUGGUGGAUACAUCACUAGUCGCCUGCUCAGCUCCGAAGCCUCUAUGCUGAAGUGUGGAGCUGUUCUCUCACCCAUCACUGAUUUCCAGCUUUACGCGUCUGCUUUUUCCGAGCGGUAUCUGGGCAUCUCAAAAACAGACAGACGAGCAUAUGAGAUGAGCAAUCUUGCACAUCGAGCUUCUCAGUUUGUUGAUAAGAAGUUUUUGAUCAUUCAUCCAACUGCAGAUGAAAAAGUACAUUUUCAGCACACGGCCAAAUUUAUCUCCAGGUUAAUCAGUGAGAAAGGAAACUACAGUCUACAGAUCUAUCCAGAUGAAGGUCACUUCCUCCACAGCGAGACAACAAGGCAGCACCUCAGCCAGUCCCUGAUCAACUUUUUCGAAGAGUGUUUCAGGCAACCUGAGAACAUUUUUGAAGAAGAUCUUGAGGAGGAAAGUGAAGACGAGGGUUAAUGCCCCCUUUUCACUCCACAACAUGUCCCAAGCACAAAGCCAGCUCCUUUUACCAGACAAUAUGCAACCUGUUCAUUUAAGUCUUUUAAUAUGUUUUUUUUUUUUUUUCAUUUUAACAUGGUGUACAGAAUGUUUUUUUUAAUUUUUUUAUUUUCUUUUGGGGACCGGACACAUUCUUCUCAGUGUCUACUGCUGCUCUGUUACCUAAAGAUGUCCAGGGUCAAUAAGGCAGAGAAGGUGGUCUCCAAUCUGUCCACAACUUGAGUGACGGGUUGUUCUGGUUAACUGACUGCUGGCAGCAGUAGCCAUCCACAAACCUUCCUGGCUUUUGACAUUCAGCAGGAUGAUUUUUCUUUUCUACAAAAUGUGUAGACCGAGUCUGAAGACUUGAAUGUGCCAAUGUGUAGAUAUUCACUGAUGGUUGAGCUGCUGCUGCUGCUGCUGCUGCUGAUGAUGAUGAUGAUGAUAAUGGAGUUUGUGAUUGUAAUAUGAAUGUUCUCAUGCUUGUGCCAUGUUACUCUGAUGUAAAAUAUCAAUAUCAAAUUAACAAAAUGUCAACUCGGGUAUCAAUUUUAAAAAGUUAUGUUUUUUAGUGUUCAAAUUUUCUUCCUGUUCAUUAGAGCCUGGAGUGUGUAUUUAAGUGAUGUGAAAUAUUAUACUUUUUUCCAACAAAGGGUGAGCAGAUGAUGUCAUUAUUCAUCAAAGUUGCACUACUUUUUUUUUCUUUCUUUUUUAUGUGACCAUGGUAACCCAGCAGUUCUAUCUCAGAUCCUUUCCUUCCCUCUGUGUCCAUCUUUGCUAGAUGUUGCUGACUAAAUGCUUUUCCUACAACUGCGGUUUAUAAAACAUUGUAUUCACUGUCUAAAUAUAUAAAUAUAUGUGUAUAUAUGGUAAA